AUGGUGGCAAAGUUAUCAAUUUAUUUGGUGUUUGUAUCUGUGGUGUUACCAUACUAUCAAGUUUUGUGUCAAGGUAAUGAAUGGCAAAGUCUUUUAGACCAAGCACAAGACUAUGGUAUCUCGGGAGACACAGUUGCUGACGCUCAAAAUAUUAUAGGAGAUAGUUCUAUGGAACAAGUUGCUGAGGAUGCUUUGCGAGACGGAUCAUUGGCUGAUUGGGUUAUAGAAGCAACUGAGGAUACAAACCAAGGAAGCACAACACCACCAGCAGAAGCACCAACAGGUCCUGAACUAGCACCAAAUAAUGCACCGAAUAGCGAUGUAGAGAAUUCACCAAAUUUGACUCCAAAUGCAGGACCUGAACUAGCACCUUUAAGUGCACCAUCACCUGCCCCUUAUGCAGCAUCUCCUAAAGCAUGA